AUGCCUCCUAUUCUCUCUUCUGCCCAACCUUGUGGGAGUUACAAUGAAUGUAAUCCCGACUUCAGCUCCUUUCUGGUCCAACAAGAACAGAAGAAUAUAGUCUCCAGUGGCAUACUACAGUAUUCAGAUAUACAGCAGCCAGAUAAACAUCCUUUCGAGUCAGACCUGGUUGACUUGAAAGCAGGAUUGACAGCACAAAAUUGCAGUACAUUGAUGGCAAAGAUUUACUCAAAACUUGAUCAGUUAUCUGAGGUCGACAGAUCGCGGCGACACCUUGUUAUUUUAUACUCAGAUCUAUUUUGCCCCAUACUCAAAUAUCACGCAGAGCUGUUGUCUGAAAUUGUGCGCGUACUACCGGAAAUUGUUGACUCUGGCAAUGCGAAUGACGUUCCGGGAUCACCACGAGAUACAUCUGAACAUACAGACAUGAGCAAUACUCAUAAGAUAAAUCCGUUGCAGUCCAAUGUUUUAGCUGUGGUCAUGUCGCUCAAGUCUGAUCUGCAUGUCAGAGCGAUGCUUGCGGCACCAUUUCACAUGGAUCUUUAUGACAGGAAACAUUUGGCAGAUAUUCAGGUUCAGAAUGCGUCCACUAAGCUUCAAAGUUUGUAUAUUGUUGACGACUCAUGGGCUCUCCUGCAGGCCAGAUUUCCCCCGGCGAGUUACCAUAGCUCAGAGGAACUCAAGGAGCAGUGUGUGCAAUUAUUUGCGGAGGAGUUCAGACGACUGGACAGUAUCUUAGCUUCUAUCUCUACAGCUUAUCCUUCACACAUUGGCCUUUUAGAGCCUAUUUGCGUAUUGGAUCAGUCUGAGUCCGAGAUAUAUGGAGUACCGACGGACAUUGCAGGGAAGGUGAUAUUUAUUGUGACUAAAGACAGAGAGGAGCGGCCAAAAGCUGUGGCACUUAAAACGCGCAUGCAUUGGAUUGACCGAAUCUUUGAGCGCUCAGGGUAUUCGCUAGAAUGGGUUCAUGAAAAUGUGAUCCCGCUCUAUGUAGAGUUACCAGACAGUCCUCCCAUGAACCCAUGUCAGCGACCGGAAAUGAAAUACACCGGCUGUAGGAUCCGGUUGUCAUGUAGGCGGCCAGUGGAGGCUUAUACGCGAGUUAAAGUGCGGCAGGGCCAAGGAACAGAUGUGCUGGAGCCAAGUGUGCUAGCCGAGGUUGAGCGGACACAAAUAUUCAAAAUACAAACCAUUCGACGGCCUCUGUUUGAAGACCUAAUGGGCAAUAUGACAUUGGAUAAUAAGACAUUUGCACUCAGUGGCAGCGAGUCUUGUCAAGACAAUGCAAAUCCGUUCUUAUAA